GGCCGCCGGUGGCCUCGGCAGCGGCAAGGAUGCGGGCGGGCCGCGGGGAGGCGGCGGCGGCAGCGACAGCGGCCGAGGAGGAUGCGGCCGAUGCGGCCAAGCGCGGAGGGGGAGCGGCGGGGGGACGGGCGCGGGGCCGCGGAGGGAAGGGGUCUCCGAACGGCGAGUGCCGGCGCGGGGAAGCGCCGCGGAGCCCCGGCCCGGAGCCGCCCCGGGAGCCCAAGGUCUCGUUCUCCUGCGGCGGCGGCGGCGGCGGCAGCAGCGGGUCCCCCGGCGGGGCCAAGGCGGCCGAGGAGGGAGCGGGCGAGGAUGCGGGCGAGGAGGCCCGCGGGAGCCAGGCCAGCUUCAUGCAGCGGCAGUUCGGGGCCAUGCUCCAGCCCGGCGUCAACAAGUUCUCGCUGCGGAUGUUCGGCUCGCAGAAGGCGGUGGAGCGGGAGCAGGAGCGCGUCAAGUCCGCGGGGGCCUGGAUCAUCCAUCCCUACAGCGACUUCAGGUUUUACUGGGACUUCACCAUGCUCCUCUUCAUGGUGGGCAACCUGAUCAUCAUCCCUGUGGGCAUCACCUUCUUCAAGGAGGAGACCACGGCGCCCUGGAUCGUGUUCAACGUGGUUUCCGACACCUUCUUCCUGAUGGAUCUGGUGCUGAACUUCCGGACAGGGAUUGUCAUUGAGGACAACACGGAAAUCAUCCUGGACCCUGAGAGGAUCAAGAAGAAGUACCUCAAGACCUGGUUUGUGGUGGACUUUGUCUCCUCCAUCCCCGUGGACUACGUCUUCCUCAUUGUGGAGAAGGGCAUAGACUCGGAGGUGUACAAGACCGCCCGUGCGCUCCGCAUCGUGCGCUUCACCAAGAUCCUCAGCCUCCUGCGGCUCCUGCGCCUCUCCCGCCUCAUCCGCUACAUCCACCAGUGGGAGGAGAUCUUCCACAUGACGUACGACCUGGCCAGCGCCGUGAUGCGGAUCAUCAACCUCAUCGGCAUGAUGCUGCUGCUGUGCCAUUGGGACGGCUGCCUCCAGUUCCUGGUGCCCAUGCUGCAGGACUUCCCCCAGAACUGCUGGGUCUCCAUCAACGGGAUGGUGAACGACUCCUGGAGCGAGCUCUACUCCUUCGCCCUCUUCAAGUCCAUGAGCCACAUGCUGUGCAUCGGCUACGGGAAGCAGGCGCCCGAGAGCAUGACGGACAUCUGGCUGACGAUGCUGAGCAUGAUCGUGGGUGCCACGUGCUAUGCCAUGUUCAUCGGCCACGCCACCGCCCUCAUCCAGUCCCUCGACUCCUCCCGGCGCCAGUACCAGGAGAAGUACAAGCAGGUGGAGCAGUACAUGUCCUUCCACAAGCUGCCCGCCGACUUCCGACAGAAGAUCCAUGACUACUACGAGCAUCGCUACCAGGGCAAGAUGUUCGAUGAGGACAGCAUCCUGGGGGAGCUCAACGAGCCCCUGCGUGAGGAGAUCGUGAACUUCAACUGCCGCAAGCUGGUGGCCUCCAUGCCGCUGUUCGCCAACGCGGACCCCAACUUCGUCACGGCGAUGCUCACCAAGCUCAAGUUCGAGGUGUUCCAGCCGGGCGACUACAUCAUCCGCGAGGGCACCAUCGGCAAGAAGAUGUACUUCAUCCAGCACGGGGUGGUCAGCAUCCUCACCAAGGGCAACAAGGAGAUGAAGCUCUCCGAUGGCUCCUACUUCGGAGAAAUCUGCCUGCUGACGCGGGGCCGGCGCACGGCCAGUGUCCGCGCAGACACCUACUGCCGCCUCUACUCGCUCUCGGUGGACAACUUCAAUGAGGUGCUGGAGGAGUACCCCAUGAUGCGAAGGGCCUUCGAGACCGUGGCCAUCGACCGCCUCGACCGCAUCGGGAAGAAGAACUCGAUCCUGCUCCAUAAAGUGCAGCACGACCUCAACUCGGGCGUCUUCAACAACCAGGAGAACGAGAUCAUCCAGGAGAUCGUCAAGUACGACCGGGAGAUGGUGCAGCAGGCGGAGCUGCAGCAGCACCCGGCCAUGUACAGCCCCGUCCAGCCUCAGGUCACCUCGGCCAUCGCCACCCUCCAACAAGCCGUCGCCAUGAGCUUCUGCCCGCAGAUGGCCAGCCCGCUGGUGGGCUCCAUGGCGCUGGGUUCGCCCCGCAUGAUGCGCCGCUUGCAGUACGCGCCGGCCGUACCCAGCCCCUUCGCCGUCUCGCCGGUCCUGCUGCAGCAGAGCCCCCCUCCGCAGCCGCAGCCUCCCGUACCCCACGCCUCCAACCCCUCACCGGCGCAGGACCCGGCUCAACCCGCGGCUAUGCCCGCCUCCACCAGCGCCUUCGCCGCGGCCAGCCCGCCGACCCAAAGCCCUCUGGCCGCCCGGACGUUCGCCGUGCAGCUCGGUUCGCAGCUCUCGCUGGGCCAGCAGCAGGCUCCCGGCUCCCCGCAGCGCCUGGCCGCGCACAAGAGCACGCAGGCUCUGCCCACCAGCAGCCUCAGCCAGGAGUCGCGGCCCCUCUCGGCCUCGCAGCCCUCCCUGCCCCACGGCCCGGGGGCCGGCAGCACCCAGAGCCCCCCGGCUUCCACGCGCGAGUCCUGCGCCUCCAUCGCCGGGGGUCCCGCUGCCGCCUCACCGGGGCCAGCUCCCCCCGCGGCUCUGCGGGGUCCGGCGCCGUCGCGGGGGUCCCCGUCGCACCCGGCGCUGGCGGGGCCGCAGGACUCGGUGCCCGCCGCGCCCGACACGGACCCGGCCAAGUCCAGGCUCUCUUCCAACUUGUGACCUCCGCGCCAGGCGCGGGGCACCGAG